AUGAAGGUCGUCAGCAAAGAAGAGGAAAAGGCCCACUACAACGUCGUCGUAAAAGGCGGCCUGAUCGGCGGCACGGCCAGCUUGGCCCUCGGCCUCGGCGGUGUAGUGUUCGCCUCGCGCCGCUACCCUGCCUUCCGGUCGCUGACCGUCCCCUUCCGUGCCUUCCUCGUCACGUCGACGGCGACGUUUGGCGCCAUUGUCAACGCCGAGCGGUACUCCAAUAACUUCCAGCGUCAAAACGACCCCAACUACGGUUACAAGGACACUUCGCAGCGAGCCAUCCAGAUUGCGCGCGAGAACGAGUCGACGUACGAGCGCUUCAUGGAAUGGGGCAAGGAGAAUCGCUACAGCAUCGUCUUCGCCUCGUGGCUGGCGAGUAUGGCCGUCGCGCUGGCCCUCGUCGGCCGCGCUCCCAUGAGCACCUCGCAGAAGCUGGUGCAGGCUCGUGUCUACGCGCAGGGGCUGACACUGGCCGUGCUCGUCGUCAGCGCUGCCUUUGAGAUGCACGAUGCCAAGAAGGGCAGCGGCCGGUGGGAGACGGUCAUGGUGGUAGACCCCAAUGAUCCUGAGCACAAGCACUUGAUUGAGAAGAAGAUUCACAAGGAAGAGUAUGAGGGCCAAGAUUUAUGGAUGGAUAUGGUCGAAGCUGAGGAACGACGAUUGGCUGCUAAGAAGGCUGCGGAGAACAGGGCUUAA